AAUGAAAUUUAGAGAUCACUUCAUCCGACUCCUUCAUUUUACAGAUGAAGAAACAGAGGCCCUGGAAAGAGAAGAGACUUGUGUAGUUAUGUAGGUAACUAAGCCAAGCCAGGAUCUGAAGCCAAGAGCUCUGCCUCCAGAUCCACUGUGUGGCACAAAGAAGAAGCUCUGGUGCAUCAGUGACGACACCAUUAUGAGCAGCAUGAAUGUUGGGGCCUCAGUCAUUGAAGUCUUCUUGUGUUUUUGGGGAUUUUAUUUGUCUCCAAGGAGCACUGGAUGGAAGGAUUUGUUGCAGCAUUUUGGAGUUUGCUGUGUGGUUGGUUUCAUCUCAACUGUGUUCUUAUAUCUUGGCUUGUAUUGGUUCCUGGCAUCCUCAGCAAUCUUCUUCCUUCCUUUCUGGAUUAUUAUGUCAAUCCUACUGUGUUGGUCCAAGCAUAUACGCUGCUUUGCUAUUCUCUUCUUUCUCUCUUGUGGACUACGUGAAGGCAGAAAUGCUCUGAUUGCUGCUGGAACAGGGAUCGUGACGUUUGGCCACGUGAAAAAUAUCUUCCAUAACCUGAAAGGUCUGCUGGAAGGCAUAACCUGCAACCUCAGUAUCAAAUGCUUUGCUAUCCAUUUCCCUCUCUUAAACAAAUACAUUGAAGCUAUUCAAUGGCUUUAUAGUCUUGUCACAGAUAUCAGUCUGUUUGAAGAGAUUGUCUCUUGGAAUCACACUUUGGCCAUGUCUAUUCUAAGUCCCAGCAAAGCCUUUGAGAUUAGGCUAAACGACACCAAACGAGAAAUCCUGAGUGUGAUAGAUCAUGUCACCACUGUCACAGAGGUGGUGUCUUCUCUGGGUCAAGGGCUAUUGACUGUCACUGGGUUUGCUCUAGUCUUACUCAGCACGGGAUUCUUCAUGAAACGCUUCUUGGGUUCUCAUAACCGUAGAUUUGAAAACAUCUACAUCACCAGGCAUUUCAUUAAGUUUGAUGAAAGUGAGAGGCAUCACAAAAGGCCCUGUGUCCUUCCACUUAGUAAGCAGGAAAGAGAAAAAUACAUCAUUAUUCCUUCCAUCUGCUUGGCUCCUAAUGAGAAGAGAAGACUUGGACUGUUUUUCCUCCCCAUAUUGACUAAUCUCUAUGUCUGGGCCAUGUUUGCAGCCAUGGAUUAUGGGCUGUAUCAGCUCCUUUCUUCAGUAAACAAACAUCUCCAAAACUUGCCAGGAAUGGAGGUUCACUUGAAACUGUACAAUGAGGUGAAAGGAAAUCAUGACAUCAUAAGUGACUCUUACUUUAAUAUAUCUCUGUUUGAGCCCAACUGCAUCCCCAAACCUGAGCUCUUCAUGUCUAAAACAUGGAUUCCACUAAGUGUCAUCAUCCUGAUGUUGGUGGUACUGGGUCUGCUGUCCUCCAUCCUGAUGCAAUUUAAAAUCCUAGUGUCUGGGUCAUUCUACCCUGAUGUAGAGAGGGACCGCAUACAAUAUCUGCAUGCCAAGAUCCUCAGGAGAAGAUCCAAGCAGCCACUGAGGGAAGGAAAAAAGAAACUCAGGCAGUUUGUUACAGAGCUACAUUUCUGGUUUCCUGUCCUGAGAAUGUUUGGGGAGGGCACAGCAUCCCCUGCAAAUGAAAACAAUCCUUGAAAAAUUCCAGGCAGCUCUUCAGCUAAAUAUAUCUCAGCAGCUCCUCUCAGAUUUAUGGAUGGUUGGCACAUGUCACGGUUCAUUCCCAACUGUAUGGAAAUGUGACAUUUACUUUCAUUUUAUAGGCUUAGAAUUUUCAGGGCCAGCACUCAAGAACUCUAGAGGCUGCUUAUUUCCUUCAGGGUACCUAUUAUGUGCAAUUAGCCUGGACUGUCACUGGUUUGGCAGAAGGGAGAGGGUCAAGCGGAGGAGGAGUUUCAUUGUAACUUUGUAAUGAGGAGCAUGGUGAUGUGGAGAAAAGGAAAUAAGCAUUUAUAUGGCACCUACCAUGUAUCAGGUACUGUGCUAAGCCUUUUAUGAAUAUUAUCUUAUUUAAUCUUCUUACAACAGCCUGAAAGGUAGGACUGUUGUUAUUACUAUCAUUUUAUAGUUGAGGAAACUGAAGCAGGUUAAGUGAUUUGUCUAGUUUACACAGUUAAGUAUCUGAGGAUGGAUUUGAAAGCAUCCUGCCUACAGGCUAAAUGCUCCAUCCACUGUGCCACCUAGCUACUUGGUGGACUCCAAGCUGGACUUGUAAUCAGGAGAAAAUUGGGUCUAAAUCCUGCCUUUGACAUCUACUGAGUGGCUAUCAGAAAGUUACUUUGCCUCAGUUUUCUCAUCUGCAAAAUAGACAAUAUUGGGUGACACAGUGGAUAAAGCACUGGCC